AUGGACGCCGCGCUGGCAUCACUCCAGGCGCGUCUCGCGACUUUUGGAGGAGCAGCAACGACAACCAAGACGCGACGAACAAGCAGCAGAUCAAAAAAGGCAGGUGCAAAGUCAAAAGCAGCCGCAUGGCCACUCUCAUCACCCUCGGCACAAGAUCUAGCAUUUGCUGGUUUUGUCUGGAGGCCAACUACCACCAGCCCAGACAAUGUACAAUGCUUCAGCUGCGAGUGCCAACUCGACGGCUGGGAAGAGUCAGACAUACCCGCUUAUGAGCACGCAACACACUCACCUAGCUGCGGCUUUGCCGUCAUCGCUUGUAUCCGCCUGCGUGCCGGUGAUCCUGGCAGGACUGAGGAGGAUCCAACAUCUGACGCGAUGGUGGCGGCGCGUCGCGACACGUUUGGCAAUAUGUGGCCUUUGGACACUAGCGCUGGCUACCCCUCAGUAGACCAAAUGGUCGCCGCUGGAUGGUUUUAUGACCCUUCCGACGAAACUCCAGACGGCGUCACAUGUCCAUAUUGUUCUUUGGCGUUGGACGCCUGGGACAUUGGCGAUGACCCGAACCAAGAGCACCGUAAACGCUCACCCGAGUGUCUCUUCUAUACCCUCUCCGAUAUCUACAACCCACCCGUUCCUGUCGCAAAGAAAGGCAAACGCGCCUCGAAAGCUAAGCGUCCGUCAGCACGCUCAUCCACCGCGUCCACUACCAGCAAGAAGGCCACACGCGGCAAGAAGCGCACAAGUGAUGCUAUGGAAGACACAGAACUCUCUGUGGCACAGCAACCUGCGCGAGGCAAGAAGCGUAUAAGCGAUACUAUGGAGGACACACAAUUCUCCGAGGAUGUACAACCAGCACCGAAGCGCGUCCGAUCUUCGAGCAUCGAGAGUUUUCCAAGCGAUCUGCCAGUUGGAACGCCUAAGAAGACACCGACUCAGCCGCAUGACAACAUCAACUCAGAUUUCGACAUGUCGAGCCUUCCCGCUGAUCUCAUGGUUGGCACUCCUAAGAGGACCCCACCUCCCCAUAGCGAAGCUGACGAUAUGGGCAACAAUCAUGGCUGGGAGCCUGCCGACGUAGACAUGCUGUUUGCUUCUCAGGGAGAGGCCCAGGGUCUCAUGCAGGACAUUCUCAUCGAUGCCGGCCUGGACAAUAUCGAGACCGCUGGCUCCACACCUGAACAGAUCUACGACGCAGUCACUGCAGGUCUGACAGAUCAUGAGAAGUCUAUGACCAUCGAACAAUGGGUUCUCUACAACGCGAAGCGAGGCGAGGAGAAACUGCGCAUGGCCUGUGAAAGACAAAUCAUGGCGUUUGAAGCAGAGGGACAACGUGCGAUGGCUGUCUUGGAGGCUAUCCCCUCAAUUUGA